GAGCAGUGUAGGUCAGACUCAUCUACAGACCUGCCAAAUUUCAUGUUGACCAGUGCAGGCGUUUUUGUGCCACGGUUGACCAAAAAUCACUGAAAAAAAAAAAAGAAAAGAAACCGUACGAAAACAAUAUGAUUCCUGCUUACACUUCGUGUGCGGGGGUCUAAAUAAAAAUGUCUAUAACUCAAGUCAAUUUAACAAAUAUAGAUUUAAGAUUUAGCGUGGUAGUAGCUGAGCAAUGUUCCAAAUACAACACAUUAAACUCAACACAUAACUUUACCUAAAACCUUGACAUUUACUAUUGGAGUCAAUCCAGUUUCAAUGAAAUUUCUCUAGUGGUACAUUAUAUAUUCCAACUACGUUGCAAAACAUCUCUUCAGAAAUAACCAGACUUGUCCUUUAUCUCUGUGGCAGAUGCCUUUAUUAAAGUGGACUUUAAUUUUGUGUCCAUAUGCAUCCCGGUAAGCCUGAGAAGUACGUGGAGGACGUGUGUAAUGCGACUGUUGCCUGCUGGGACUUGUUCGUAACCCAGCCUUCCUCAGCAUCACACAUGCUUUUGGACAAGGCCAGCCGAGCCGAGGCUCCGAUCCAGCCUCAGGGCCUCGGUGGGAUUGGUGUAUACUGACAGGUCUGAGAAUAGAGCUCUGGGAUGGCUGGGACAUUUUCCACAAAGCAGAGUCAAAUUACAUAGGAAAGAAGCUUAGCCUUACAUGCCCCCUCCACUACAUCAACACACAAAACAGGAUUUUACUCAAACCAGGAUGUUUUUUAAAUAAAGACCUUUAUAAGAAAAAUCACAAGUUACAACUAAAGAAUGUGGCUUCAGUGGGAAGAUCAAGCAGAUUUAAAUAUGGGAAGACAAAUAAUAAACCUCUCGGCUGAUUGGUCAGGAGAUUGACGGGGGCGGAGCUAAAACAUGCUGAGCUGGUAUAAACAAGGUUUUUCCUGUGGGUAGAAGGAUUGACUGUAUCAAACCUGUUACAGUCAAUGCUGAUUGGACUUAGUAGGUGACAAUCUGCAUCUUUAAACAGUUUCAAUUUUUAUGAAAAGGUUAAAUUUUAUGCAUGAAUUUCACAUCAAGACUAAUAAGCCAAUUUUAUGAACACAUCUGUGGUAUUCCUGGGUAGUUUCUCUGCAAAUUCCAGACAAACGCCGAGGAUCGUAUUCCUAUCAGGACUAUCAGCAUGGAGAUGUCCAGUCCAAUUGUCCUGUCGGUUGGCCUGGGGUCGAUGGCCCAGACAGCCGGACUCGUGGAGAUUGCCGUCAGGUUGUGCUUGAACCAGCGUAGACAUCUGUGUCCUCAUGUGUGGGUCCCCAUUCUGAAGCCCCUGAGGCCUUGCAUCCGUUCUCCGGUUUCAGAGCAGCCGGCCGUCGACGUCACCAGCCACCCGAACCACCCUCUCUCAUCUUUCUUUGAUGAUCUGCACAGCGACAAUGAUGGCGACGCACCGAUCCUCCUCCAGAACAAGCGUGUGGUGUUUGCGGACUCGCUGGGAUUCUCCCUGGCAGCUGUGCGAGUGUUUUCCGAGGCAGAGGAUGAGUCCGACCUCGGCCCGCUGCCGUCGCUGCAGGAGGGUUUGGGAAGCAUGACGGGGGACGGCUACAGCUGCACCGUCAGCACCUGCUGCCCAGGGACCCGGCUGAAACUGGGCUUCCCGCAGCCCUCUUUGGAUUUCCAGGCCUUUCGCGCCAAACUGGCAGAGAGCAUGGUGACCCUGGAGAACUGCGUUGUCACCGAGCAGGCCCUCCAGGGUACCGUCCGGGUCAGGAACGUCCACUUCCGCAAGGAAGUGCGUGUGCGCAUCACCUUUGACUCGUGGCAAAGCUUCAGAGACUUUCCCUGCACGUACCUGCAGAAACGCUUCGGGGGGCCUCAGACAGACAUCUUUGAAUUUGAAAUAGCCAUUCCCAAAAUCCUCGAUGCCAAGAGGAAGAUAGAGUUCUGCUUAAUGUAUUUGCCAGCUGGGCAGAGCGAGCCAUUCUGGGAUAAUAACAACGGACAGAAUUACAGCAUCGUAGUGUGUGUGAGCUCACACCUUUGCCACGGGGAAAAUCAAAGUGAAAAGGCAUGACUUACAACCAAUGAAUGGUUACUGUUUGUAACGUGCAUUUAGGUUGGGAUUGAUUUUGACUGUUUUUCUCUUGGCUGUGCUUUGUUUAAAUAAACCCUGUUGUCUUCUGUU